AUGAAACAAGAAGCUAACGGAUUAAACAGUAACGUUUAUGAUCACGCUCCCUGACCCAGCGUUCAAACGGAAUGAAGUGCGUCCGAAAUCAUCACUGUUAUUCGUGUUCUCUCAUACGAUGCUUAGCAAAGGAGGGCAAUGUCGCUGUCAUCUUCUAAAUCUGCGGACGAGAUAAACCUGCGAGCGGACAUAGAGGUGUGACGACAACGGUCGGACGGUGCACAGAAGCUCCCCUACAGGCGGCUGUGCGUGGACAUUUUGCGUGUGUUUAUGGUGUUGUAUGCGUACGAGUGAGUGGCACAGCAGCUGGGGGUUGUAACGUGAUGCCAAGAUGCUGCUGUCCCUGGGAAUGCUGAUGCUGUCGGCCACACAGAUCUACACCAUCUUCACCGUUCAACUGUUCGCCUUCCUCAACCUGCUGCCCGUGGAGGCUGAUAUUGCUGCUUACUCAUUUGACAACAAAACGGAGAAUUUUGAUGACCUGCCUGCACGCUUUGGCUACCGGCUCCCAAGUGAUGGACUGAAAGGCUUCCUGAUCGGCGCUCGCCCAGAAAACGCAUGCGAGCCCAUCGAGCCGCCUCCGAGGGACAACUUGACGGGCGCCUUCAUCGUCCUCAUCAAGCGGUUCGACUGCAACUUUGACAUCAAGGUUCUCAAUGCCCAGAAAGCCGGCUACAAGGCGGCCAUCGUUCACAAUGUGGACUCCGACGACCUGAUCAGCAUGGGAUCCAACGAUGUGGAUGUUAUGAAGCAGAUCGUGAUUCCCUCGGUGUUCAUCAGCGAGGAGACUGCCAACUCUCUGAAAGACGACUACAUGUAUGACAAGGGGGGGCACGUGGUCCUCAUGCCAGACUUCAGCCUGCCGCUGGAGUACUACCUGAUCCCCUUCCUCAUCAUCGUGGGAAUCUGCCUCAUCCUCAUCGUUGUGUUCAUGAUCACCAAGUUCGUCCAGGAUCGGCACAGGGCUCGAAGGAGCCGCUUGCGCAAAGAUCAGCUGAAGAAACUUCCCAUCCACAAGUACAAGAAAGGGGACAACUAUGACGUGUGCGCCAUAUGCCUGGACGAGUAUGAAGACGGAGACAAACUCCGAGUCCUACCAUGUUCUCACGCCUACCACACCAAGUGCGUGGACCCCUGGCUGACCAAAUCUAAGAAGACGUGUCCGGUGUGCAAGCAGAAGGUGGUCCCCUCGCAGGGCGACUCCGACUCCGACUCGGAGGAGGGCGACAGCGGCCCCGACGAGAACGAGGAGGUGUCGGAGAGCACCCCGCUGCUGCGCUCCCUGGCCUCCACCAGCGCCCACUCCUUCGGCAGCAUGUCUGGUUUGUCGCGCUCGGAGCAGGACCAGGACUCCUUCGAGUACGAGGACAGCAGCGACAGCGAGGAGGAGGUCACCGUGGAGACUGUGGUGGUGCAGAUGCAGCAGCCGUGCUCCGAGGGCCACGAGCAUGACCUGCCCCGAGCUUGACCGACACGUCGGCCGAGCCCGUCGGGUCGCUGAAUCCCCGCCUCCCCCCAACCUCACGGCUGCAGAGACUUUUGUUGGGGGGCACAAAACAGAUUCAUCCUCCCGGUUCUUCUAUCACUGCUUACAGCGCAUUGUAAUCUUAUCCUCCCUUGCAAGUUCAAAUAAAAAUCUCUGUUUUGUUUAAAACAUGAUUUUGGAUAACAAGUAUGACUGGACAUCGGUCAGCAGAUUGGACAGGCCUGAUGAUGUACAGUAGACGGCUAUACUGUACCCUAUUUAGUCCUAAAAUAAAACGAUUCAAGUGUGUGUCUUCGGUCCAGAAGUCUCAGACACACGAUCACACUUGACACAGUAAAAGUAUAAAUCACAAUGAAUGACGUCUUUUGAUUAUCUCCUCUCCUUCAUGUACAUACAUUAUUGUACAUACACUUUCAUGCUACAUUGACACAACUUGAACCACUAUGCAGCGUCCUUUCUUUUGUUUUGUUUUUUUUCGUUGUUGUAAAAAAUUAACAUUAAACAAGUAUGGAAACAUUUAAAGCCACAGCAAUAUGGUUCUGCCAAUUUAUCUCUAACCUGAUUGUUUGAAGGAGCCUCGGUACUCCUGCGUUCUGUGCCACAGUUUAUCUGUUACAGUGAUCGCGAGAAAAUGAAGCCAAACCGGUUUGAGCUACAGAGAAAAUAAUGUGCUCUCUAUGUGGUGUCAUGUAAAGCUGUGGGUUUCACUAGUUCAAAGCGUGGAAAGACACUCCAGUGAAAACUGUGUCCACACUGCCUGUGGUUAAAAAAAAAAAAAAAACUUCUUUUGGCUGCUCCAGACCCGUCACUUCAUUUAACACAAGCAGUUACUGGUCCAUAGGCCUUGUAAUACACAUUUAACUGACCUGAUCUCAUUUUAAUACUGUUUAUAGUAAAUAUGCUUACGUUUUUGUUUGUUUUUUUUGGUCAUAACAUGGCUUGAUUUCUUUGUUGACGAAUCCUGUUGCCUUCUCGGUUUAUGUAUUUUUGUCUUGUCAGUGUUUUCCUGCUCAUGUAUGUCUGUUCUCAGUAUGAAGUCACUUCAAUAAAACGAAAAUGACACUUGA